AUGGGGGUUUAUGACAUUAAAUCAUUCUGCGAGCAGAUAGGCACCGCAUUAUUAUUGAUCGAAGAGACCCAGCGAAUAAAAAUUAUUGGACAAGGACACCGACAAAAAGGGCAGGUGGUAGAUGAACGAAGAUUAAAAGGUAACCAAAUAAUUGUACUCGAACCACUGAGUUGUGUUUAUUGUAAUUACUUCAGCGCUCCAAAACAAUUUAUAUCUGGUGAAAUGCAUUAUUUUCGUGUACCUCAACAAUUUUGGCGUGAUAGAUUAGAAAAAAUGAAAUUGGGUGGAAUUAAAGUUGUAUCAUUUCCCAUUAAUAUGUUUGUUCAUAAUCCUGAGCCUGGUAUAGAAUACACAACUGAAGUUAGUUACUUAAAUUUUUUAAAGUUAAUUAAAGAACUGAAAAUGGAAGCAAUUAUUAAAAUGGGACCAUUUAUAGACGCUGACUUAAGUUUUGGUGGAUUAAAACCGCAUAGCAUGUGGAAACAUUAUGAAUUGACUACAGAUUUCAUCUGGUUACGAAAUGAUGAAAAUAAAAAUUAUCUAAACACAAUUUUAAAUUCAGUAAAAGAAAUAUGUCUAUCAUUAGUGGAAGAUUACUUUGCAAAAAAUGGAGGACCAAUAAUCAUGUUACAACUAGAACAGGAUUAUGGUCAUGAAUCUGGUCUAUGUAAAACAAACACUACAUGGUUACAACUUCUAGAAAAAACGAUCCGAUACAAUUGUCAUUACGAUGGAAUUAUCUAUGUCAGCGAUGCAAACUCCAGGAACAACUUAUUAUGUGGAGGUUAUUCGGAUUCAUUAAACGGUACAAUCCAUUUACGGGAUGCGACAUUAGACAGUCAAUCAAUAGCUAAUUAUCAUUGGAGUUUAUUAAAAGCAAAUAUAGGAGAAAUAAUUGGGAAAAAGACUCCAUUUUUUGUUUCAGAUUUCCCGUCAGGUAAAACCCUCAGUUGGCAUGAUAGACCAUAUAACACAAAUUACACCGUAAUUAAUAAUUUAAUUCGGAAAAUUUUAUCUUCUGGUUCAUCUCUCAAUUAUUACAUGUAUGUUGGAGGAACAAAUUUUGGAUUUUUAGCUGGUGAUUCAGGGCAAUUUACUCAAGGUUAUAUAACUUCCUACGAUAAUAAUGCACCAAUCAGUGAGUCGGGUGAACUUACCAAUCAAUUUUUCGAAUUACGCAAAAUAAUUAACGAACAUUUUAAUACGAAAAGUAAUUCUUCAGUGCGAGUGAAACCAACAUUACGAAAAUAUCCAUCAGUCCAUUUAGAGCCGGUUGGUUGUAUGUUAUGUGAAUCGGUGAAAUAUGAAGUAGCUCGACCAUAUGCGGUUAUAGCGAACACUCCUUUAACAUUUCGUGAAUUGAAUCAAACUUCGGGUUUCGUACUAUAUGAGACCCAAUUAAAAUUUCAACCGGACGAACUGAGUAUUUUAGAAUGUAUAGGUGUAGUAGAUCGUGGCUAUGUUUAUUUUCGAUAUGUGUUUAUGGGAUAUUUUAAUCGUUUUACUCAUUUUAAAAUUACAUUAAAACAGCCUAAUUAUGGGGAUUCUCUACAAAUACUUGUAGAAGAUAAUGGUCGUUUAUCACAUGGAUUUCGUUUAAAUAUGGAUGUUAAAGGUAUUACUCGACCUGUGUAUUUAGAUGGUCGACGACUGACCAAUUGGACAAUGUAUCAAUACCCUUUUUCUUACGCACCUGCACCAUAUAUUUCUAAGGAUAUGGUUAAGUUAUUUGCUUAUAUUGAAUCGGCACCAGCUGUUCCAUUAAAAUUACGAACACCUAUGUUUUAUCGAGGGCAAUUUUAUCUAAAAAAUCCAACUCUUAAUGGGAACAGUACGUAUAUCGAUAUGUCAGAAUGGGGUAAAGGUAUUGUUUUCUUAAAUGGUAUCAGUUUAGGACGAUAUUGGUCUAUAGCUGGACCACAAGUGAAAUUAUUUUUACCUGGUGUAUAUCUAUUUAAAUACGAUUUAAAUGUUUUAGUUGUGUUAGAAUUAGAACGGCCUCCUUUGAGUGAAAAUUUUGAUUUAAAAUUUAGUGAUGACAGAAUCAUGAUGUUUAGAUCCGCGAAAAAUGGCCCAGCUUUCACUGGUAGACCGCCGGUGAAUGGCAUACUAAACACACAAAUACCAAAAAGGCAGUUUGAUCCCACAAGUGCAAGCUUCCUCCAAAGCUAA